GAAAGAAUAACAAAGGAAAUGUAUGGCAGCAGGCUGUAACUGGUCUAAGUUCAAUUUUGAACAAAGAAGCAUCCAGGCACGCUUGUUCGUUCUCUACUAGACUACCAGACACUGAUCGUGUCAUCGGACUACCAAAAAUUCAAACUCUGGGCCGAUCCUCUGAGUGACUUCCUUCCCGCAAAUCUUUAGACUGUUUGAUCCCGAUCCCAGCACAAACAAGCACGAGAAGAAGGAUUAAGCGUAAGAUCUAGAGCGAAUACCCAAACAAAUUGCACACCCAACCACAACACACGCGCUGAAGAUCUACCGCCUUGAAAACACUCUCUACACCUGAAUGGGAGCGGGCGUGAAUGUAGUGGCAACCUUUUUCGAUUUUUUACAGGCUACGGGAACGAUCGUUGAGCUAGGUGCUUUCUCUAUAAAUAUCUUAUGACGAUUAAAUGAAUUCCCGCUGUGUCAAUUUCGUUUUUAGUCCGUCACACAGCACGCACAGAACCAAGACCGUAAGGGCGUAAUCGUGUUUGGAAUGGUUGUUAAGGAUGCGUGAAAAAAGAUGAUGACUGAACGUGAAAGCCGAUGCGGUAGUAGGCAGCUCUCGGCGAGAUUUUACGAGAAAAGCAAAAAAGCAAAAAAUAGGAACACAGCCAGCCAGCGAAACGGAAACAAGGCGCAACAAACACGAAGAAUGUUCGCCCAAGGAUGAUCAUCAUGGCCCGGAAAUGAGAAGGAAAGCGUGAUGAAAGGAUAAUGCGUAAUGCGACUCGUGAAAAGAGUUCU